UACUAAAUAAUAUAACAUUAGUUUCUUGGCUUUUGCAGUUGUUAGAUUACCAUUUGUGGAAAUUGUCUCUCCUUCAGGCCUCAUUCACACUCCUCAGAGAUAACCCUAGGGUAUCUUCCUUUCAAAGAGGGAGAGAAGAAGAGGAAGAGAUGGAGAAGAAGGUGGUUUGGGUAAGCAUGGCUGUUGGGUUCUUGGGCAUCCUCUCUGCUGCCCUUGGAUUUGCUGCAGAGGCCACAAGGGUGAAGGCAUCUGAAGUGAAAACAUCAAUACCUGGUGAAUGUAUAUAUCCAAAGACACCAGCUUUGGUUCUUGGAUUGUCAUCGGCAGUGGCUCUUAUGAUAGCGCAAGCGAUGGUUAAUACCAUUGCUGGCUGCUUAUGUUGCAAGAAACAGCGCUAUUCGUCGGAAACCAACUGGAGUAUUGCAUUGAUAGCCUUCAUUGUUUCUUGGGUUACAUUUAUAAUCGCAUUCCUCUUGUUACUGACCGGAGCAGCUCUUAACAAUCAGCGAGGCCAGGAAAGCAUGUACUUCGGUAGCUAUUGCUAUGUCGUCAAGCCUGGUGUUUUUGCCGGAGGGGCUGUGCUUUCUCUUGCUAGCGUUUCUCUUGGCAUUGUCUAUUAUGUUGCUUUAUCGAAUUUCAAGAGCACACAAACAUGGGGUCCUCAGUCCAACCAAGGGAUAGCAAUGGGACGACCGGAAAUCCCCCCGCAGAGCACUCAACCGGUUUUUGUGCAUGAAGAUACUUAUAACAGAAGACAAGUCCCUUGAUUUGAUCUUCAGUUAAAUGUAAAACUGCAAUAUCCGCCAUAUUCUGUAUAGAGUCUGAACAGCAAUUCGGUAAUGCCGAUAAGUUUAUCUGUUUUCUAAUCAUAUUUUGAAAA